UUUCACUCGUUAAGUAAAACAAAAUUACCAUCUCUGCACGAUACUAUUUACUGAAGAAGUUCGACACCCCUCUAGAGAGGACUAUAUACCGAUUUUCUUGUCAUAACUAAGGCAAUGAGAUAAGCUACUAAGCAAUCAUCACAUCAUGUAUCAAAGGCAUAUAUUACGCUUCCGAGGGGUAGCGUCUAGGCUUCAAGUCCAUCAGCAACUCCCCGUAUCACCCAAAUUUCCUCACCAACGAGCCUACUUAUCCGCGACGGGCGAGGGCAGCACGUCAUCUCAAUUCACCCCCUCAGCUCGUCUGACCGGCCGAACAUGCAUGAUCACCGGUGGCACAUCCGGCAUCGGCUUUGCCAUUGCAGAGCGCUUUCUCCAAGAAGGCGCAUCGCGGGUGAUCCUCGUCGGACGGUCCUACGAGCGUCUCUAUAACGCCGCAUCUCAACUAGAGGCGUCUUCAUCCUUCAGGAGCAUACAAAGUACAGAGUCACGGGAAACUACAUCAACAGAAGCCCCAAAGCCUAUACACAGUCCAGAGCAGCAUCAACUCAUCGAAUCUUCCAAGGAAAUCAACCUCCUCAUCGGCGACAUCUCCGAAGCAGGAUCCUGGGCGCGUGAGCUCGAAAAGGUAAUGCAAACCACCAACCUUGACAUCCUCGUCAACGCAGCUGGCCUCUCCAUCUCCUCCAUCCUUCCCAAAUCCGAGCCCCUCGAUAUCUCAAACAUCCUACGCACGAAUCUCGAAGGUGCACUACUCACCUCCCGAGCCUUCAUCCGUGCUUCCAUACGCAACCGCAUGAAGAAGAGCCGAGACACCAGAUCGUCGAAUUCACCCUCGCCCUCAAAAUGCAUCAUCAACAUUUCUUCUUUACUAGCACAUAAAUCGGGAACCGGGGCCGUACCGUACGCUGCGUCGAAAUCCGGGGUCCUUGGACUAACUAGAUCUGUUGCUGUGGAAGCUGCAGCUUCACUCAGAGAUGUGACUAUCAGGUCGAAUGCGAUUGUACCGGGGUACAUUGAGACGCCUAUGAUUGCUGACUUUUCCGAAGGUGAAACAGCUCGCUUGAAAGACUUAAUUCCGCUGCGACGAUUUGGUCGACCAGAUGAGGUGGCUGAUGCGGCUGUCUUUCUGGCUCAGAAUGAGUAUGCGAAUAAUUGUGUCCUUAAUCUGGAUGGGGGGUUGAGUGCUGUCUGAUCUGGGUUCGUGAGGUCAUGUAAAUGAUGCUUUUGAAUUCUACAGAGAUCAGGCAGGUCUCAUAGCUGCAUA